AUGGCCGAUAAUAAUGUCAACCUCCCACCCGGCUUUCACUUUUAUCCCACAGAUGAAGAGCUUGUCGUCCAUUUCCUUCAAAGAAAGGCAAAUCUUCUACCCUGCCAUCCAGAUGUCAUUCCUGAUCUUGAACUCUACCCAUAUGAUCCUUGGGAACUUCAUGGUAGAGCUUUGGCAGAGGGAAAGCAAUGGUACUACUACAGCAGGAGGACACAAAAUAGGGUCACUGGCAAUGGUUAUUGGAUGCCAAUGGGAAUGGAAGAGCCAGUGAUUACAAGCUCAAGCAACAAGAGAGUUGGCAUGAAGAAAUAUUAUGUGUUCCAUGUGGGAGAAGCCCCUGAUGGUAACAUCACCAAUUGGAUAAUGCAAGAGUAUCGUCUAUUAGAUUCUGCUUCCUCUAGCAGAUCAUCCAGAAGAAGAUCACAACCAAAACCGGACCAUAGUAAAUGGGUGAUAUGUCGAGUUUAUGAGCGGGAUAACGAUGAUGAUGAUGAUGGUGAUGGAACAGAGCUCUCUUGUUUGGAUGAAGUUUUCUUGUCAUUGGAUGAUCUUGAGGAAAUAAGUUUGCCAAAUUAG